UUCUCAGCGAGAUAGAUUGUUAUUUGUGUUUGGCGACAGUGGCGGUGCGGUCCCGUGCCGCACAGAAUUAUCUGCUCAGUGCUAAAGUUGUACUCGUGCUGCGUAGCUCGUGCGGGCAAGGCCGUUUCUCGACACGCCCGCCCACCCACCGCCCCGCGCGCCCCCUGCCACGCCCCCAGCAGCUGGGAGCAGCAGCUGCUUUUCAGUAGUGAAGUGCGUGCGCGUUUCGCGGCAAACGGAAUUGCCGCCGGUUGUAAAACAGUCGCAGGAUAAAAUCGCCUCGAAACGUAGCGAAAUUACAUAGUUCGGAAUAUUAGCCCGCUUUUUGCAUAAUCCAAAACGUAAUUCGAAGGGCGAAACUUAAAAUGAAUAGCGGCGCGUAAAUAUACUGUUAACUAUUUACGUUGCCGUGCAAUUUACAGUCCAAAUCGCAGCCCACCCCCUUUUAUCAACGAAGCGCCAGUCAAGCCGCCGUGUUAUCAGCAAACGAAGCGCGACAAAAAACACAAAAAAACACAAAAAAAACAUAGAAAAACGUACUAAAAAAGAUAGAAACAGCACAAAGUAUAUGUGGGAAAGCAAAGUGAAAAGAAAAUGCAUUUGAGUGCGUGAGAGUGUGUGUGCUUAGGUUUCUUCAAUCAAAGGGAAAAAUCAACUGUUAACCGGCGAGUGGACGCAUUUAAAGCCAUCGAAAAAGACAAACAACAAGGCAAGCGUGCAUGAAGGGAAAUCUGGCGGCUAACCGGCCGAUGAGUCUGGGCCAUCAUCAAUUACCCCAUUGCCUCGCACCUGGCCAUUAAAGCCGAGGCGUGUGGAGAUUGUGCGGAUUGUGGAGAGCAACAGGUUGGCCGGCCAAGUCCUUGGGGACUCCAAGACACCAAGACAGCCAGUCGACCAAGUCACCCAUCCCGACGCCCGCAUAAGUGGGCGAGUACGUGACUUAAUCAGCGGACGCAGCUGGAUUCUGAGCCUGGCUAACGAGGCGACCAGAGCGAUCACAGAAAAGAGCUGGAGAAGAAGGAGGCGUGUCCCCAUUUUGCCCGCUAUGAUUUCAUGCACGGCACAGUGAGCAGGAGCAGCAGCAGCAGCAACAUGACAGAUGUGUCAUCGCCAGCUGGUGGCGCCGCCUCUCCGGUCGAAAUAGCCACCAGCAGCUCUACAGCCGCCACUACGUCGGCGUCGGCGUCCUCGUCCAAACCGCUGACCAAUGGCGCCAACAAGACGGCUAUAUCAACGGCAGCUGGAGUAACACCGGGAGCUGCUCCUGGACCUGGUUGUGCAGCAAUCCCCGCCAGCGGUUCGAGUGGCAAUCAGGUCAAGCUGGAGCAUCAUUACCGCCAGAGCAAUAACAAUCGACCUGCGGGCAGCAAUCGCAGUUCGGAAACCAAGCUGAGAUCUCCAGCCGGCGAGAGUGACGGCGCCUCAAGGCUGAUGACACCUGCCGGCAGUUCCUCCUCCCCAUCGCAAUCUCCAUCUCAAUCCCAAUCCCAAUCCCAAGCCAGUAUACAAACCCAAACGAGUCAGCAGGACAGGUUGGUCAAGGCACCGAGCACCACGGCAUCUCAGCAGGAUGUCGAUGAGGUGGCCCGCCUGUUUGAGGAGAAGCCGGAAGCAUUUGAGAAGUGGCUGACGGAAAGGGCUCCUCCAGAGGCACUCAGCCGGCUGCAGGAGUUCAUCGAGAAUCGCAAACCGCACAAGCGACCCUCGGUCACCUCCGAUCUCUUCCAGCAGUGGAUGGCCGCAUCGCCCACCGUGCAGCAGAAAUCGCCGAGGAGUCUCUCCAACUCGUCAGCAUCUUCGCUUCCGGAGUGCCGGAGGCAUCUGAUGGACCUGGACGAGGGCGAGCUGUUCAUGGAACUGAUUCGCGACGUGGCCAAUGAGCUGGACAUCGAUGUCCUGUGCCACAAGAUUCUGGUCAAUGUCGGACUGCUCACCCACGCGGAUCGUGGCUCGCUGUUUCUGGCCAAGGGCACGCCCACCAACAAGUAUCUGGUGGCCAAGCUAUUCGAUGUCACCCAAAAGACAGCACUCAAGGACGCAGUGACUCGGGCCAGUGCCGAGGAGAUAAUCAUUCCCUUUGGCAUCGGAAUCGCGGGCAUGGUGGCGCAGACAAAGCAGAUGAUUAACAUCAAGGAGGCCUACAAGGAUGCGCGCUUCAACUGCGAAAUCGAUCUGAAGACCGGCUACAAGACGAACGCCAUCCUCUGCAUGCCCAUUUGCAAUUACGAGGGCGACAUCAUAGGCGUGGCGCAAAUUAUUAACAAAACGAAUGGCUGCAUGGAGUUUGACGAGCACGACGUGGAAAUCUUUCGGCGUUAUCUGACCUUUUGUGGGAUUGGCAUACAAAAUGCCCAGCUCUUUGAGAUGUCCGUCCAGGAAUACCGGCGUAAUCAAAUCCUCCUCAAUCUGGCGCGCAGUAUCUUCGAGGAACAGAACAAUCUGGAGUGCUUGGUCACAAAAAUUAUGACAGAGGCCCGCGAACUUCUCAAAUGCGAAAGGUGCUCGGUGUUUCUAGUGGACCUCGACUGCUGCGAGGCGAGCCAUUUGGAGAAGAUAAUUGAGAAGCCCAAUCAGCCAGCCACCCGCGCCAUCAAGUCCGCCGAUAGCUUCGAGGAGAAGAAAAUGCGCAAUCGUUUCACAGUGCUCUUCGAACUUGGUGGGGAAUAUCAGGCUGCCAAUGUAUCGAGGCCAUCAGUCAGCGAGUUGAGCUCCUCGACGCUGGCACAGAUUGCCCAGUUUGUGGCCACCACCGGGCAAACGGUCAACAUCUGCGAUGUCAUCGAGUGGGUCAGGGAUCACAAUCAGAUUCGGGCCGAGGACGAAAUAGAUAGCACUCAGGCCAUCCUCUGCAUGCCCAUUAUGAAUGCGCAGAAGAAGGUCAUCGGCGUAGCCCAACUUAUCAACAAGGCCAACGGAGUUCCCUUCACCGAAUCAGAUGCCUCAAUUUUCGAGGCAUUUGCCAUCUUCUGCGGCCUGGGCAUUCACAACACCCAGAUGUACGAGAACGCCUGCAAGCUGAUGGCCAAGCAGAAGGUGGCCCUCGAGUGCCUCAGUUACCAUGCCACCGCCAGCCAGGAUCAGACGGAGAAGCUCACCCAGGACGCGAUUGCCGAGGCGGAGUCCUACAACCUGUACAGCUUCACCUUUACGGACUUUGAGCUGGUCGACGAUGACACCUGUCGCGCAGUGCUGCGCAUGUUUAUGCAAUGCAAUUUGGUCUCGCAAUUUCAGAUACCAUAUGAUGUCCUUUGCCGCUGGGUCUUGAGUGUUCGCAAGAAUUAUCGGCCUGUGAAGUAUCACAAUUGGAGGCAUGCUCUCAACGUGGCCCAAACGAUGUUCGCCAUGCUUAAAACCGGCAAGAUGGAGCGCUUCAUGACGGAUCUGGAGAUUCUGGGUCUGCUGGUGGCCUGUUUGUGCCACGACUUGGAUCAUCGCGGCACCAACAAUGCAUUCCAGACCAAAACGGAGUCCCCGCUGGCCAUUUUGUACACUACUAGCACGAUGGAGCACCAUCACUUCGAUCAGUGCGUAAUGAUUCUCAAUUCGGAGGGAAAUAAUAUUUUUCAGGCCUUGUCACCUGAGGACUAUCGUUCGGUCAUGAAGACCGUGGAAAGCGCCAUUCUGUCCACCGAUCUGGCCAUGUAUUUCAAGAAACGGAACGCUUUCCUGGAGUUGGUGGAAAAUGGGGAAUUCGAUUGGCAGGGCGAGGAGAAGAAAGAUUUACUUUGUGGCAUGAUGAUGACUGCCUGCGAUGUGAGUGCCAUUGCCAAGCCAUGGGAGGUGCAGCACAAGGUUGCCAAGUUGGUGGCCGACGAGUUCUUUGACCAAGGAGACCUCGAGAAGUUGCAGCUCAACACCCAACCAGUGGCCAUGAUGGACAGGGAGCGCAAGGACGAGCUACCCAAAAUGCAGGUGGGCUUUAUCGACGUGAUCUGUCUGCCCCUUUAUAGAGUGCUUUGCGACACCUUUCCGUGGAUCACUCCCCUCUAUGAAGGAACCUUGGAGAACCGCCGCAAUUGGCAGGAUCUGGCGGAAAAGGUGGAGAUGGGCCUAACCUGGAUCGAUCACGAUACAAUUGACAAGCCCGUGGAGGAGUUUGCCGCCUGUGCGGAUGAGGAGAUCAAGGACAUCGAGUUCACGGUGACCACGCUCAAUUGCAAUCAGCAAUCCCAGCAUGGCAGCGAGGAUAGCCACACGCCGGAGCACCAGCGAAGUGGCUCCAGAUUGAGCAUGAAGAAAACCGGAGCCCUGGGCAAGGCAGUGCGAUCAAAGCUAUCGAAGACUCUUUACAACAGCAUGGAUGGCUCAAAGCCGAAGACUUCGCUGAAGCUGCUAGAAUCCCAUGUCAGCGAGGAUAUGGACGACAAGAGUCCCACGAGUCCUUCGCAACCGCAGGCAUCCGGGAGCAUGGGCCGCAUGUCCGCCUCCUCCUCCACUUCAUCCGCCGGCGGGCAGAUGGUGGACAAGUCCAAAAAGCGAUCCAAACUGUGCGCGUUGUUAUGACGAAAGCCGUCCAAUUAGAAUAUGGCGACUCCCUCCAGCACCACGGGCAGUGAAACUGACCACAAGUGCGGAGGGGGGAUGACCGACUUCUAAUUGGAUUUUGGAGUUUCGAAAACUCACAAAAAAAAAUCUUGUUGUGCUCCACCUGUAUCCAUUACAGGAUUUGGUACUCGAUUUCGUUUGGUUUGAAUGUUUUUGUUUGUGAAACUACACUUUUCAAUAAAAUAACUUUUGCUUUAAAUGUCAGUACAGUAAAUUACAAUCCGUGCUUAACAUGGAAAUGAAUACUUUAUCCUCUUUCAUCCUAUUUUAUUACAUUCAAAAUAUAAGUCACUAUUUAUUAUAAACAAUAGACCUAUAAAGUGAAGUAAAACAGCAAAAAUUUCAAACUCUAAAGUAUAUUUUCAUCAACAAAAAACCCAUCAAAUCAAAUCGAAAUCGAAGACGAAUACGAGGGCAGGAGUAUAUGUACAUGUUUGAUAUAUGUUUUAAGUACUAUAACUACCCAUAUACAAGCGGAUGAGCAUUAGGCAGAAGCAAAUGCACUUGCAAUAUUAAGCAUAAGUGAAUGUCAAAAUAUGUGAUCUAUUUACGGUCCCGCAGGUGCGAAGCCCCCGGGUUGAACCUUUGCCGGAUACUAUCCUCUCUCCCUGUCUAUCUAUCUAACUAUCUAUCGAACUAACUAUCUGUCUGUCGCUUUUAGGUGAUUGAAAAACCGCGAAACUAAACUAACUAACUAAGUAGAUCCAAUCCAACCAACUAGCUAAGAGUGUACGUAGUUACCCCAACCCAAAUCGUGCUAGUCAAACAAACGUAUGAGAUACUAUUAUGUGUACGAAACCCCUAGUUAAGAAUUUUGAGGCUACAUACCAGGCAUCGGGCAUUGGGCAUCGGGCAUCAGGAAGUCGGAUCGGGAUCACUACUAGUCCUCGACUGUGAUCGGCGUGAAAUCUACUUUAUAGCUAACUAAUAUACUAAUAUAUUUGUAUGCACAGAGGUGUGUAUUUACGUAGCAAACUAUAGCAAUAUUAUAUGAUAUUUCCCACACAUCCCACACGUUGUGAGCACAGCACAAAUAUUGGGUGAUCGAACCGCUCGAAGAACCGAAAAGAAUAAAAGGCAGAAAUUGAAGAUGAAUGGAGGACUCCUACUUUUCGUACUGUGUUUGAUUGUAUAAAUAUAAAUAUUAGCUUAAAGAUACACAGCAGUCAAUUUUUGAACUCGAACUCAAGCAAAAUACAAAUACGAUAGAUAUUUGAUUCAAGAUUCACACGGUUAAUAUGAAUAAUCCGGUCCCACACUCUCCUAGUUGUUGCAAUCAAGUUUACUUUAAAUGUGUGUGUACGUGUACAAAGCAAACUACUUAUAUACUGUAGAGCAUAAAUAUAAACUAAAUAUACAUAUACGGAACCUAUAUAAAAUAUUUACAUUUGACUAAUGUAACUAUAACUGAAUUGCUUAGAAUUAACGUGUUUAAGGGCAUUUUGAUUAAUUUUUUUUAUUGGUCUGCGUGUGCUAAUCAAAAUUGACUAUUAAAAUGUCAACAAAAAUAAAGUUUUACAACUAUUUUUCUAGUUACUCUGCCGCUCGCCUAAAAAUCAAAAUCCAGACAACUUUACGAGCCGAUUUAAAACUAGUCCUGGAUUUUGUUGUGACAAUUGUAUUAAUUGUGUAUAUUUCCUGAACGUUUUGUUGCUUCUUUUUGUUCCCCAAAGAUUGAAAAAAUUAUUCACGUUUGUUUAACUUACUAUGUAAGACUUGCAAUUAAAUCAAAAAUAAAUCACACCAUUGGGAAUUACUCUAAAAA